GAGAAGAGUUUGGAAUGCCACCCUCCGUAAUUCAGUUAAGCGUGAAUUUUAGACCGGAGCUCACGCACUCAGACCUCUGCUCUUCAAAUUAGGCUAUAACCGUCACACGCGCAAAAUGAGAGAAAUAGUUCACAUGCAAGCUGGACAAUGCGGCAACCAGAUUGGGACCAAGUUUUGGGAGGUGAUCAGCGAUGAGCACGGAAUUGACCCCGCAGGAAACUAUGUUGGUGACUCGACCCUGCAACUGGACAGAAUCAAUGUCUAUUACAACGAGGCCUCCUCACAUAAAUACGUCCCCCGGGCUGUGCUGGUGGACCUUGAACCCGGCACUAUGGACAGCGUCCGCUCGGGGGCCUUCGGACAGCUCUUCAGACCAGACAACUUCAUCUUCGGCCAGACAGGUGCAGGUAACAACUGGGCCAAGGGCCACUACACGGAGGGGGCAGAGCUGGUGGACUCAGUGCUGGACGUGGUGAGGAAGGAGUGUGAGCACUGUGACUGCCUCCAGGGCUUCCAGCUCACCCACUCCCUGGGCGGGGGCACAGGGUCGGGCAUGGGCACCCUGCUGAUCAGCAAGAUCCGCGAGGAGUAUCCCGACCGCAUCAUGAACACCUUCAGUGUGAUGCCCUCACCCAAGGUAUCUGACACGGUGGUGGAGCCCUACAACGCCACCCUGUCUGUCCACCAGCUGGUGGAGAACACAGACGAGACCUACUGCAUCGACAACGAGGCCCUGUACGACAUCUGCUUCCGCACCCUCAAACUGACAAUGCCCACCUACGGCGACCUCAACCACCUGGUCUCUGCUACCAUGAGCGGCGUCACCACCUCUCUGAGGUUCCCCGGCCAGCUCAACGCCGACCUCCGCAAGCUGGCCGUCAACAUGGUGCCCUUCCCCCGCCUGCACUUCUUCAUGCCCGGCUUCGCCCCGCUCACCGCCAGGGGGAGCCAGCAGUACCGCUCCCUCACCGUGCCUGAGCUCACCCAGCAGAUGUUUGAUGCCAAGAACAUGAUGGCGGCCUGCGACCCUCGCCACGGGCGCUACCUGACCGUGGCCGCCGUGUUCCGAGGCCCCAUGUCCAUGAAGGAGGUGGACGAGCAGAUGCUGGCGAUCCAGAAUAAGAACAGCAGCUACUUCGUGGAGUGGAUCCCCAACAACGUGAAGGUGGCGGUCUGCGACAUCCCUCCCAGAGGGCUCAAGAUGGCCGCCACCUUCAUCGGCAACAGCACGGCCAUCCAGGAGCUGUUCAAGCGCAUCUCCGAGCAGUUCUCAGCCAUGUUCCGCCGCAAGGCCUUCCUCCACUGGUUCACGGGCGAGGGCAUGGAUGAGAUGGAGUUCACGGAGGCAGAGAGCAACAUGAACGACCUGGUGUCAGAGUACCAGCAGUACCAGGAGGCCACUGCCAGCGAUGGAGACGAGGCCUUCGAAGACGAGGAUGAGGAGAUUAAUGAGCAUUGGAACGAGGAGCCCCAGACUGAAGUCUCCUUCAUGCCUGACGUCAGUGUUAGUCCACUGAGCUGAAGUCUCUGUCCCUGCCCGAUCACACAAUGUUAUAGUGCACCAGGUGUGAAUCCAAGAGAUUAUAUUGAUUAGGUGUUUAUUGAUUGGUUUAAUAUUGAUGAACUGUUUCUUUAAUUGUUUGUCUGGGGACCAUAUGCCCUUCAGCUACUGCCCUGCUUAAAUAAAGGCAAAAGGUCUGAGA